GUGAAAAUAGCGAUCAGAGCGGUGCCGGCGUGAGCUUCACGUUGCUUAGCUCAACUGUUUUUAUGUGUUUUCUGCCUAAAAUGGCGUUUAUUAUUUAAGUUACCCGUCGUCCUAGCUCUUCACAGCAAACAAUGGCCGAGGCUUCCGGAUCCGACGCGAGCGCGACCGAGAACAUCGUAGAAAUCACCAUUACAGACACCGAACGGCGAUGUGCGGGCAGCGCGGUGCCGCUGCAAGAUAUUUACGUCGCUUAUCAAGUCGAGUCUGUAAUACGAGAGCCCGAGAAAACGCCCUACAUUGUGUGGCGGCGGUACAGUGACUUCGAGGUGCUCCAUUCACACCUCCAAGACAGCUUCCCCUACGUGAUCAUACCUCCGCUGCCAGAGCGAAAGGUGAUGUACAGGUGGCAGAAGCUUCCUUCAGACAGGCUGGACCCCGACUUUGUGGAAAGGAGGAGGGCCAGCCUCGAGCUGUUCCUGAGGCGGGUGGCUGGCCACCCCGAGCUGUGUACCAAUGUCCUGUUCCUGGAGUUCCUGAAGCACGAGGCCAGCUGGAGAGAUGACCUAAACACGGGCGGCCUGCUUCACAGGGCGGACAGUAUGCUGAGGUCGCUUAAUGCCUCCCUGCGGCUGCGCAGCCCCGACACGGAGUUUGAAGAGGUGAAGAGCUACAGCGGAGACCUACAGAUGAGCCUGUCCAAUAUCUUGCGGAUACGUGCCAAACUGGCGGACCGUACAUACGGGCUGCACCAGCUGCACCAGAACUACGGCCGGGUGCUGAGCGAGUGGUGUCGGCUGGAACGGGGCCCCCAUGGGGACGAGCUACAGCGGGCAGGCCAGUUCAUGGACAAGUACGCCCAGUGCGCCCUGCCCCUGCUGGAGGAACAGGAGCAGGCCGCAGACGCCCUCAAGGAGUACCUCUUCUAUGCUGGGGCACUCGGGGCGGUGUGCAAGCAUCACGACGUUCUGCAAUACGAGCUUGAGAAGAAGGAGGCCCUCUUCACUUCUAAGGAGAGUCAGCACUCCCAGAUUGUGGAUGGCGGGGCCAAGGCGGGGCAAAGCCUGGUGUCGAGGCUACUGAGCCCCAGCAGUCCGGAGCAGAGGGCCUCCUCCCUCGAACUGCAGUUGGAGACGCUCCAAGGACAAAUUCAAACCCAGACUAGAGAGAAGAAGGAAUUUGCCAAGAAGGCCCAUGCAGAGAUAGCCAAGUUCCAGGUGCAGAAAGACAAGGACAUCAAGGAGGCUCUGAUUCUCUACGUCAUCUCACAGAUCAAGCUGUGCAACGAGUCAAUCUCCAUCUGGAAAAACCUGCACAGCUGCUUUGAGAAGAUGUGAAGCCAACGAACAUAUCACUUCGUUUUACAAUAUAUGGGGAGAGAAUAAAGGGAUUUGAAGGGCUGGGAAAUCUUUGUGCUCAUCUUA